UUUUUAUCUAAAACUAACUGAGUUUGUGUCUCAAUUUUCUGCGCCUGGUUACAUACGCAGCUCACAGUUUGUUUGAUAGGUGGAUGUUGUUGUUCUUGGUCUGCUUCCUCUCGUUUUUCUCCAGUCUAAGUCCAGGGGCGGAACCACAUGGCGGGCUAAGCCAGACGAAAAACUGCAACUGAAUCAACUUUCGUAUAAAAAAAAAAAUUCCGGUUAAUUCCAGCCCUACCCAUUUCAGAUUCCUGGUUCCGCCACUGAGUCUAACAUGUCUGUUUCGAGCAACCAUGGUGGUACGACUGCACCUUUGUUUCUUGAGUUGAAGAAACAAGCUUCCUUCUUUUUCAAGGAGAAGAUCAAGAACGCAAGGUUGGUCCUCACAGAUGUUACACCAGCUCAGUUAUUGACUGAGGAAGCUACAAAUGGAAAUCCAUGGGCACCAGAUUCAAGGACCUUAGCUUCAAUUUCAAGGGCUGCUUUUGAACUAGAUGACUUCACAAGAAUAGUAGAGAUUUUGCACAACAGGUUCCUCAAGUUUGAGAGGAAGGACUGGAGGCUGUCUUACAAUUCUCUGUUUGUGCUUGAAAACUUGUUGACUCAUGGACCAGAGAGUGUUGCAGCUGAGUUCGAGGUUGACAAAGGUGUUAUUGAACAGAUGGGAGGCUUUCAGCAUAUAGAUGAGAAAGGAUUCAAUUGGGGUCUUGCUGUUAGGAAAAAGUCUGGGAGAAUACUGAAGCUGCUAAACGAAGGAAAUCUUCUUAGAGAAGAGAGAGACCGAGCUCGAAAAGUAACCAGAGGCAUUCAAGGAUUUGGAAGCUUUUGCCAAAGAACAUCUUCGGCACAAGGCAUUUUAAGAGAAUCAUCGUAUGAAACUUAUGGAAGGUCUAAUUCUGACUUCAUCAACCGUGAAGAUCAAGAAAGCCAACUACCAUCCCCCAGCACUGAAGAUUUACCAGAGAAAGUUGAAGAAUCGAAGCAGAACAAUGAGAGCGUAAGCAUCAACUCAAGAAAGAAAACAGAGAACUGUAGCUAUUGGGAUACUCUGGUGGCUAAGAAACCUGAAACUCAAACAAGUUUUAAAGAAAACAUGGUUUCGAUCAAGGAGGUAUCAGAUAAAUGGAACAUCGAGGAGGAGUUCAACCCACUACUUCUGGGAGAAAACAAUGAUGAGUACAGAGUCGAACUUUGUACUGAAGAUGAUCACCCUUUCAGUGACACUGGCAAUCAAUGUACAUCAUCGUUACUUGUAUAAGAAGAUAAGACCAGAAGUAUGAAUGUUACUUCCCUUGCAUGUGAAAUGAGGUUAUUGUUUCUGUUCUAAUUGGGGUAGACCGUAGACUAUAGAUUCUACUACAAAAGACCAGGCUAUGUCAGUUCUUCAGUUUCAA